UGCCCUUGGAGUGAUGACGUCUUCUCGUCCUCUAUAGUAAGCUCCAACUCCUCUGUGAAGCAGAGAGAGAGAGAGAAAUUCGCCACAGAGUGAUUGUGAGAAACGCAGCUUUCUCUCUCCAAAACCUCUCUCCAACACCACAACAACACUAACUUUUAUUGAAUACAUCAAAUUUCACACUCUCCAUUACAGCACAUUCAAGUCAGAGAGAGAGAGAGAGAGAUGGACUUGGCAUCAAAGCUCCAAUUUUUGGACCUCCGGUCGACAUUCCUCGCCGGCGCAGCACCACUCUCUCACUCCUUCCCGGCGGCUCUCCGUCCCCUCCAUUGCUCCUCAACCACCACCAUUACCUCCUCGCUCAAAACCACUGCAAUCAGCCCUAACAACAAUCUCUUCAAAAACCCGCUACGAAUUUCCCCAAAAUCACAAGCCAUCGCCACCGAAGCAUCCACCUCGGCGAAGACCCUCGAGGAGGAGAAAGAAGAUAUAGAAUCCCUUUUAUCAGAAAGCACCUCGGAAGCCUCAGAGAUCAGCUACAAGCGCGGCAGUAACAAGAAUUCCACCGGCGCCUCCUCAAUUUCUUCCGGCGUGAGGUUAGAAAACGUGAGCAAGAGCUACAAGGGCGUCACCGUGUUGAAGGACAUCAAUUGGGAGGUGAAAAAGGGGGAAAAAGUUGGCCUAGUGGGCGUUAAUGGCGCGGGGAAGACGACCCAAAUGAGGAUUAUAGCGGGUUUGGAGGAACCCGAUUCGGGCAAUGUGAUCAAGGCGAAGAGCAACAUGAAAAUUGCUUUCUUGAGCCAGGAAUUCGAGGUGGUGUCGACGAGGACAGUGAAGGAGGAGUUCUUGAGCGCUUUCAAGGAGGAAAUGGAGGUUGCGGAGAGGCUGGAGAAGGUGCAGAAUGCGAUAGAGAAGUCGGUUGAUGAUUUGGAGCUGAUGGGGAGGCUUUUGGAUGAGUUUGAUCUGCUGCAGAGGAGGGCACAAGCUGUGAAUUUGGAUGAGGUGGAUGUGAAGAUCAGUAAGCUGAUGCCUGACCUCGGGUUUUCACCCGAAGAUGGGGACCGGCUUGUUGCAUCCUUUAGUGGAGGAUGGCAGAUGAGGAUGUCACUUGGGAAGAUUCUUCUGCAGGAUCCGGAUUUGUUGCUUCUAGAUGAACCGACAAAUCACCUUGAUCUUGACACAAUCGAAUGGCUAGAGGGCUAUCUGAAUAAGCAAGAUGUGCCAAUGGUCAUCAUAUCCCACGACAGGGCUUUCCUUGAUCAGUUAUGUACGAAGAUUGUAGAAACUGAUAUGGGAGUUUCCAGAACAUUCGAAGGAAGCUACUCAGACUACAUCGUUGCUAAGGCAGCAUGGGUCGAAACUCAGCUUGCAGCAUGGGAGAAACGACAGAAAGAAAUCGAACACACGAGGGACCUUAUAAGUAGGUUGGGUGCCGGAGCAAAUGCUGGCCGUGCUUCUACUGCUGAAAAGAAGCUGGAAAGACUCCAGGAUGAGGAACAAGUUGAGAAACCGUUCAUUCGGAAGCAAAUGAAGAUUAGGUUCCCGGAGCGUGGAAGAAGUGGCCGAUCUGUCGUGACAGUAAAAGGUCUCGACUUUGGUUUUGAGAACGAGGUUCUGUUCAAGAAUGCGAAUCUAACAAUUGAAAGGGGAGAAAAGAUCGCGAUUCUUGGUCCUAACGGGUGUGGAAAAAGUACACUGCUUAAGCUGAUUAUGGGCAUGGAAUCACCGGACGGAGGGGAAGUUCUGAUUGGCGAACACAAUGUGUUACCAAACUAUUUCGAGCAGAAUCAGGCGGAGGCGCUUGAUUUGGACAAAACCGUGCUAGAAACUGUCGCUGAAGUUGCAGAAGACUGGAGGCUUGAUGACAUAAAGGGUCUACUGGGCCGUUAUAACUUCAAGGCGGAUAUGCUCGACCGGAAGGUCUCAUUUCUAAGUGGCGGUGAGAAGGCUCGUCUCGCCUUCUGCAAGUUCAUGGUGCAACCGUCAACUCUUCUCGUCUUGGAUGAGCCGACCAAUCAUUUGGAUAUCCCUACAAAGGAGAUGCUCGAGGAGGCGAUAAAUGAGUACGAAGGCACCGUUAUCACAGUUUCACACGACAGAUACUUCAUAAAGCAGAUUGUGAACCGCGUCUUGGAAGUCAAAGAUGGGACUCUACAAGACUACGCAGGAGACUACAACUAUUAUUUGGAGAAGAAUCUUGAAGCGAGAGAGAGGGAGCUUGAACGAGAGGCGGAGAUUGAGGAGAAGUCUCCGAAAGCAAAAGCUAAAUCCAAGAUGUCUAAGGCGGAGAAGGAGGUUCGUAAGAAGCAGAAGAUGCAGGCGUUCCAAGCUGCCAAACAGAAAUCGAAAGGCAUCAAGAAUUCCAAGAGAUGGAAUUGAAGACAAGAUUCUUGAAUCGGUAUGUCAGAACUGAUCUGUGAUGAAGAAACGAACGUUUGUAUAUAUGCAACACAUAGAAUAGGUCCUCUUGAUUAGCCAUUGUUGGAAUGGAAAAAAUGCAGCUGGUUUUAUAAGUUGUUGAUGUUGAUAAUAUCGAAUCAAUACCAAGCGUUGUAGCUAUGUUUAAUCUUCAAUAUUAUCCGCAUCUCGGAGGUGCCUUUCGAUGAA